AUGGUACCGCCCCCGCUACUUCCGUUGCGGGCCCGGAAGUCCCUCCUCGGCGCCGGAAGUUCCGCUGGCGGGUCUCCUCAGAGUCGUCCCUCGCCCAGACGCGCAGGCCCGAGCUCGUUUCCGGCCUGCGCGAGUGGGCGCCGGCUCGGCUACCCGCGCGCCCCCGAGCGCUGUCCCGGGAGCGCGGCUCCCCCGGACGCCGGCGUCGGCGGCUCGGGCCGGGGCCGCGCCAGGAGGGCGCCCGGGCGGGCGCGAGGCACGUGCGGGGCCAUGAACGGGACGGUCAACCCGCUGCUGGACCGCGAGGAGCACUGCCUGCGGCUCGGGGAGAGCUUCGAGAAGCGGCCGCGGGCCUCCUUCCACACCAUCCGCUAUGACUUUAAGCCGGCAUCUAUAGACACUUCCUGUGAAGGAGAGCUUCAGGUUGGCAAAGGCGAUGAAGUCACGAUUACACUGCCACACAUCCCUGGAUCCACACCACCGAUGACUGUGUUCAAGGGGAACAAGCGGCCUUACCAGAAGGACUGUGUGCUGAUCAUCAAUCACGACACUGGAGAAUAUGUGCUGGAAAAGCUCAGCAGCAGCAUCCAGGUCAAGAAGACACGAGCUGAGGGGAGCAGUAAAAUCCAAGCCCGGAUGGAGCAGCAGCCCCCACGACCCCCACAGCCAUCCCAGCCGCCGCCACCACCACCUCCUAUACCGUUCAGAGCACCAACGAAGCCUCCGGCUGGACCCAAAACCUCUCCCUUGAAGGAUAACCCCUCACCUGAACCUCAGCUGGAUGACAUCAAAAGAGAGCUGAGGGCCGAGGUGGACAUCAUCGAGCAGAUGAGUAGCAGCAGUGGGAGUAGCUCCUCAGACUCCGAGAGCUCCUCGGGGAGUGACGACGACAGCUCCAGCAGCGGCGGCGAGGACAGCGGCCCCGCGUCGCCCCCGCAGCCCUAUGGCAGCCGGCCAGCGGUGGCUAACGGGACUGGAGCCCCGCGGCCGCCAGGGAGCACGCAGCUCAUGAGCACCCUCAGAAAUGACUUGCAGUUGAGCGAGUCUGGCAGUGACAGUGAUGACUAGAGCCGGAUCUUUUGAAAUCAACUUUUUGGUGCACAGAUCUGCCGCGAGACCAGGCUGCUUUAGUGUGGCAUCCACACUGAGAGGAAGACGUGGGGAUCGUGACUCUAGGAGGAAUUGGAGGCUCUGAAGCACUCAGAUGUGCAUGUCUUUAACUUAGCGGUGAUGGGUGAUUUUCUCAUGUGAUUUUUGAACAAUCUCAACGUUUCAAAGUUUUAAGUAGAUCUAUAGCAGAACUAACAGAAUUGUAUCUCUAUUUGGUUAACACUGUUAAUGGAAACCAGACAAACGUGCCCUGGCCUAGGUUCCUCAAAGGCCACUUCUCCUGGUCAGUGUUUCACUUUCAAACCUCAGCAGCCACCAGCGUGGCCAAGUGGUUUGCCCCAGUGAAAGGAAGCUCAGUCUCUGAGAGGUGCGGGAGAGGGCAGCCUGCAACCCCAGCAUGGAAGCAUGUUCCAACCACUUCCAGUUACAGACCCGCGGCAGUGAGGAAGUUCUGUCUGACCCAGUCUGGCUGGCCUGUGUGGAAAUGGACUUCAGGAUGGGGUAGGAGAGCAUCAGCGGGGGGACCUGGAUCGUGGCUCAGCCCCACGUCUGCAGAUGAGGAAGGGACGGGCCUGGCUGGUGUGGGGCCAGCGUCUUGCCCCAGGCCAGGCCUUCCCACUACUCCCACCCCUGAAUCUCCUAUUGGAACCAGAGAGUCUUGUCCAUGGGCCUGUGUAAGAGCUGUGUUGUGCAUUAGAGCUUUUCCUGGAUUCCAAAAGAUAGGAGUGUGGGCUCCUUCUAGCUCCAGUUUAGAUCCACGCAGUCCCUGAAUACAUCAGUCCCUCAUGAGGGGAGUGGGGGAGCAAAUGAAGCCAGCAGCCACGGUGCUGAUGCACGUGACUCGCUUAAACUGGGGCUUUCAGCUCCGUGUGGAUCCAUAACAAGAGGGCUUCUCUCGGAGGCUGCCAGCGGGGACUGGUGUGGGACGGCUGAGGUGAGGAGGCCUCUGGGCAGAUGCUCUCCAGACCGGGGUACAGGUGGGAGGCGUGCAGUGUGCAAUGAGCAGGUGUUGGCAGGGCUCCCCAGUUCUUGCUUUUGCACCGCUGUUCUUGCCUGGCUCCCAAGCUGACUCGUUUUUUAUACGCAACCAGAAGAAAGUCACAGGAUUGCCUCCUGCGGUGUGCCCUUUCCAGAUGAAUCUGUCGUUGCGGGAAACCGGUCACUAGGAAGCAUUCCGUAUAGAGCAGACGUUGUGAUAAGGUGUCCCACAAUUAGUGCAUUAGCUUGGAGUCGCCCAUUCUGUCAUUUGAAUGAUUACGUUCUGAGAAAUUUCUGUCUGCUUCGAUUCAGUGGUAUUGAGAACAUGAAGACUGACCUUCCUCCCUCUGGGUGGCUUCUCCUUGGCUAGUGGAGGGAAGCAGUCUGGACCCAGGAAGAAGCUAGGUGAUCGGUGGCAGGGGCUUUGAGUUGAGCCUCACGAAGUCACCUGUGUCCCCCGCGCGGCGGCCCCAGUUAGCUGGAGCGGGGCUGGGCGGCCUGCUCACGCCGCUCCUCCAGCUGGGCUUGGGGUCAGGCCGGCGCCUGCGCUGGGUCCUCAGGGGCCACACCAGCACCUGCGCUGGGUCCUCCACCCGUCAUGGGGCUUCGUGGAGUUCAUGGCAGGUAGGAACUUUAUUAUAAUGAAUUGAUUGUUUUUAAUUUAUUGGUAAUGACAGCUCAGGGAAGCUGAAGGUCAUGGUUGUGUGUGUUAGUCGCUCACUCAUGUCUGACUCUUUGCGACCCCAUGGACUGUAACUCGCCAGGCUUCUCUGUCCAUAGGAUUCUCCAGCAAGAAUACCGUAGUGGGUUGCCAUUUCCUUCCCCAGGGGAUCUUCCCCAGUGAGGGGUCAAAGCCAGGUCUCCUGCAUUGCAGGUGGAUGCCUUCCCGUCUGAGCUACUAGGGAAGCCCAAAGGUGAUGGUUGGGAGACUUGGAUUGUUUCUAGACGUGGGAAUUGUUUCACCGCUCUUCACUUGUUCAAGCUGGGGCAGGUACCAGGAACUUGGACUAAAGAUAGAUCUAUUUAAGCCUCUCUCCCUCGUUUCCUCCCGUCAGGCUUGAUGUGUGUGGCCAGCCUGGGGUCUGGGCCUGUCUGGUGCCUACUGGUGUCUGGGCAGUGCUUGCCAGUGGCCUGGGCCUGGGGAGUGGGCUCUGCAUGCAGCCCCCACCCCGGCCCCGCUUGCCAGCCCUGCAGGCCUGUCCCAGCUGCAGGCCCAGCCCUGGUUCUGUUCUCCAAACAGCCUGUGCCUGUUUCCUCUGCAAGCCCUCCAGCUUUGCCCAGCGGAGUAAGGAAUCCUUGCUUUUUGGAAAUGAAGCCUCCAGCCUCACAGACUCCCCCUCACGAGUGCCCUCCUGCCAGCCAAGCUGGACCUAUUCUUCCUGCCUCUGUGCCUUGUCAGCCGCCUGCCCCAGCCCUGCUCACGGGGCUCUCUGGGUGCCGCCAGCCGGAGUGCCAUGUGUCCACACGGACCUUCCCCUUGCCCAGUGCUGGUCGGCGCGGGCCCCGAGCAGGCCCUGUGGUUCUCUGCUCUCUUCCCUGGAGCGCGCAGGAGCAGACUGGAGAGGCUCACAGCCUGGCGGGAAGGGCAGAGAACCACAGGGGACACUCCCGGCCUCCGGAGACAGCUGGAGACUGUUUGCGCCGGCUGUCCUGGUUUCAAAGUCUGACCGAAGCAUUAAAACGGCCUUUCCUUUGUUCUGUGUACCAUCUGUCACUGUGGGUGCGUGUGCGAGGUGUGAGGUGUGAAGGCUUAAGUCCGAAGCACAUGAGGAGCCAUGGCAAGCAAGCCGCCGUACAGGCGUGAUUCGGGGAAACCUAACAAACUAGAGAUGUGUCAUGAUGCCACUCAUUAAUUCUUUUAUUAUUUCUGUAGCAGAAUCAUUUUUUUAAAGUGUGGUUUUAAUGUGUAUGUGUUUCAGUGGUGGGAAAACUUGAAAAUUCCAAGAUCCUUAUUACUUCCCUAUUUGAGAGGCUGGUUAAGUAGGGUGUGUGUGUGGCGGGGGGGGGGGUGUGUGUGCAUGUGAUGUUAUUUAUUACACUAUUCUGAAAGAGAAAUUGUUGUUUGGAUAUACAUUAGGUACAGCCAAAUUGUAUGUUUCCAUUUGGUGAGGAAGGUAGGAUCCAUAAAACUCAGGCCUUAACCAGUAGGUUGGACGACAAGACCAAUUGAAAUGUCAUGAAAUGUCUUUGUUGCUCCUGUUAUUUCUGUCUUGAAUUAAUUGUCUCCUUCUUUAAUGAUUAUUAAAAUCUUGUGCCUGAAAGUUUAUUUUGCUUAAUUAUGAAGUAGACAUGCAUGUUUAUAUUUAUGCAAAAUAUUUGCUGUAAAGGUUUUUUUUUUUUUGGUUUACUCUUUUUAAAAAAUCACUAUAUUUAAGUAAAAAAUGAAGGUCAGCAAUA